AAGGUUUGAAGUUUAACCGCUUAGAUUACUUUCGUGCGCUACUUCUGAUCACAUGCAAUGGAUAUUCAGAAAGUAUAAUUAUACUUUCUUAGGACGCAUUUGAAGACCUCAUGAUCUCAUCUUCCAAUUAUCCGACCGAAGUUAUUGACUUGACUAAUAGUGACACAGACACAAAACCCAUAUCACCAGCUGCUAUUCGGCGCCUUUCCAGAGAAAAGAAUAAAAACACUUCAAAGGCACUUGCUGAAACCAACGGCUGUUCCAAAGAUAUGGGGGAGAACGAUGUUUGUGAUGAGGAAGAUUUUGAUGUCGAAGAUGAAAGCAUUACAGAACGCUUAAUUGGUCUCUUAGAAAUGUUUCCAGAGCCAGUACGUCGCGGUGUAUCUUUUGCCUAUAGUGCAGCUUCUGAAGGCGUUGUAUCGGGUUAUUCUCUCAGCAGAUCGGUGACUUGGUUCUUGGUGAGCACAGCUACUGUAUGUUUCCUCCCACUUAUUCUGGAGCUAGAACGAGUUCAAACUGAAGAGCAAGAGGCAGUACAACAGCGUGCAAUGAUGCUUGGCCCUAGGGCUGCAGGUGGUGGUUCUGGCCUGGCCGGAUUCUCAGCAGCAGUUCCUCAUCUUACUCACAUAGAACCCAAGUAGAAAACGUAUUCUUUGUAUGCAUUUGUACUUUCCACAGUUAUUAUAAGUUAAUACAAAUACUGUUAAGCUAAUAACAGCAACCCAUAUUUAGUUCACUAAGCCUUUACCGUUAAUUUGUACGUGAGGUUGGAAGAAAGUUAGGGGUGGCCAAACCAAAAUGUGACAUCAGUACUUUAAAUUACAAACUUCUAAUCUUAGCCAUGUUGGUAGAUGCAGACUAUUCAGUUGGGUGACAUGGCUCAGAAUCGAUCACAAUGUCGUAGGUGUAUACACUCUUUGUCUUCCCUUAAGCUAUGAGACUAAAAUCGCUUCAUAUCUUUCUUUCUACGAACUAAUUCUUGUACUAUGUCCUUAUAUGUAAUCUCUUUUAUAUAUUACCACCACUGAAUUAACUACUAUGAAUCCGGUGUUCAUCUUGUUAUGCUAAUGAUGUAUGGCGACUUGGACCGAUGCACAUAUGUGCCUGGUUCUACGUUGUAGCUGACUGACUGAGGUUAUUUAGCCUAGUGUGUGUUCGAAUUCAUUACUUUGUAUACAUAUUUAAUGACAACGAAUAAUGGAGAAAUGUGCACCGUUAAUAAUCACUCGGUUAUUGCUACAGAACGUAAGACCACAUACUGCACAUGCUUAUAUUCAAGUCCGUUAAGUAUGAUGUUUUAAUGAUCUCUUUACGAUUUUCGUCCUACUUAGUUCGUAUUUUUCAUUUGGUGUGGCACUCGACUAACUUGACACCCAAAGUUUAAUACCUUGUGUUGGGUUGUUGGAUAGCUGGACUACUUGAAAUUGACAAUGUAAGACAACUUAUUGGGGGCCCAAAACUCCAUACUUGAUUUCCGCCGUGGGUAUAUAUGGGGAAAAUUUAGCUAUUAAUAUGUCGAAGACUUGGAAUUGAAUGUCUGUAACCCGCUGCUACUUAAUUGUUGGCUUAGUUUAUUCUCUUUAUCUGUUCACAGACAUAUAUUUAUACUUUAUCAGCAGAGGGUUGUGUUGAAAUCAUGAACCGAUCAGUGUUAGAUCUAUGAUGAAAACUUAGUAGUCAAGCGAUCUUACGAAACCGAAGGUCCUAAGUUCAAAUCCGGUUGCACACUGACGGAUCCAGGCUUUCAGUGAUGGUCUAACAUUGAUCGGUUUAUAAUCUUAAUAAAGAUCUCACUUGUAAAUGACCAUUAACCUUUAUUCUAUGUAGCUAAGCUUAUUGGAUAGAUAUUUGCAUGCUCGCUAUGUUACAAAUAUCUACGUGUCUGAUGUCUGAAACUUCACUAUCAAUAUUCUAUGAUAUAUUUGACUCGGAUUUACGAUGACUUGUUCUUUAAUCAAGUCAUAGUAAAUGUUACUUGUUACUCAGGGGAUUAUGGUCUUCGCAUUUCCGAAUAGUGGGGAUUUCCUUGUGCCCUUACUUACAUUCCAGCAAAGCUUGAUAUACUACAUAAAUAGCCGUAUUUGGCUUUACACUUAGCUCUUCAUUUAAAGUGGUACUAAAAUUGAUACACCGUGGCUCUCCGUACCGGACAAUAAAAUUAAAGGCGCUGCUUACAAAUCAGGUAAAUUAUUGAAAAGUCAGGUAUACGUACUUGAGAUUUUGGAUCCCAGUACUCCAUAUACACCCCAUAAUGUCCUUCCAAACCCUUUUGUCAAUCCCGGGUGCCCUCUCCAAAAUGUAGUGAACAAGAACACCAAUGGGGACAAUCGAAUGUAUUUGACAAAUUUCAGAACUAGUUAGUAAAAUCUAACAACCAUAUAUUAAAUGUUCAGUUUACAAAAUGUCCAUCAAUUGUCUCAAAUGACUCAGACGUCAUUGUUUUUGCAUUUUCACGAAAACCGCAUGCUGUCUUCAUUCUUCACUGUUCGGUCUUUUUGUCUCUCUGCUGUCAGACAUUCUGUUCACGACAAACAUCAUAUACUACUUAUGUCUACAUAAGUAGCACACACCACACUACUACUACCACCACAUUUUACCACCCAUCGUUUUUAGUUUUAGCUCGUCGUGCUAGUGCGGUAUGACAACGUGGUCAGGCACAUUUAUACUAGCUUCUACGUUGUUGAUGACUGUCUUUGUAUCGAAAAAUCGUCGACUAAAUAUGGGGCUGGCAUACAUGUAGACUAGUUAAAAGGCAAUAAUUGUGGAGUGGUUGAAGAUCCGCUUAUACCGUUAUUUAGUUGUAGACUAAUUAUAAUUAUUAUGUGGAAAAGUAAGAGCAUGGAGACAACUGUAAGAAUGUGAGAUAUAUGUCAUAAAUUGUGUAAGAAUUAAUACAAAAGGGUUGAUUAAUUAGGUGAAGCUCAGGGAAAAAGCAAGAGAUAAUUAACAAGCAUGGAGAAAGGUGGUGCAUAAUCAACUCAUGCAAUUGAAGUCACCAAAGCAAAGCAAAAUCAACAUUGUCCUUUUGUGUAGGUAGGUUCGGCUUGGAUCUUCUAAUAACAAUGGCUCCAAAUGGACGCAGUAAACUCAAAUUCGUUUGCUUAUUAUUCCAAGAGAUUUCUGGAGACUAACGUCAUCACUAGGCAAACGAUCGCACUACUAAAAAUUUGUUUCCCGUUAUGCAAUGUAUUCGGAGACGCAAACUAUCCUUUGGCCUGUACUUGUAAACUAGUAGACAUAGUUGGAAGUAGCUCAAGAUAGGAUUUAAUUCGCAAUUGACUAUCUCAAAGAGAACAAAACGUUUGGUGUAGACGUUGUAGCCACUAUAUUAUUUGAUAUUUUCAUCUGAUAUACUUCUUAAAUGUCAAUAAAAUCUGAGUUGUACUAAUAACUUAGGAGUUUCUCCUUCAAGAUUACUAAUAAUUUAUAAUCAUUACUCAAUUAGAUAAUUAAAUAAAUACUCUCACUUAUC